AAUGGGGAUUCGAUCCCCGCUCUCCCUCCUACUUGAGGAGCCCCGUGUGGGUCGGGGCCUGGGUUCGGCCUGGUUAGCUUCACUCUACGCCAGCGCUUAGACUAGUGCUUGACACAUAGUAGGGGCUCAGCGGGUACCGUGAUGAUUAUCAAAUGUAUCCGUCCGGCGCGUCGUCGGCCUGAACGUGCGCGUGAAAACCUCUGGGUCCUAAGGAGGACCAACUCUAGAGUUGCCGGAGAACUGGACGGACACGCGGGAGCCCCUGCUGGAGGGGGUCCUGUUCCAGCUGAAAUACCUGGGCAUGACGCUGGUGGAGCAGCCCAAGGGCGAGGCCCUGUCGGCCGCAGCCGUGAAGAGGAUCGUGGCCACGGCGAAGGCGAGCGGGAAGAAGCUGCAGAAGGUGACGAUCAAAGUGUCGCCGCGGGGGAUCGUGCUGACGGACAGCGGCAGCGGCCAGAUGAUCGAGAACGUGUCCAUCUACAGGAUCUCCUACUGCACAGCCGACAAGGCCCACGACAAGGUGUUCGCCUACAUCGCUCAGAGCCUGCAGAACGAGAGCCUGGAGUGCCACGCCUUCCUCUGCGCCAAGCGGAAAAUGGCUCAAGCGGUGACACUGACGGUCGCUCAAGCGUUCAAAGUCGCGUUCGAGUUCUGGCAAGUGUCUAAGGAAGAGAAGGAAAAGCGGGAGAAGGCGAACGCGGAUGCAGACGGCGCGAGGGGGGCCCCGCUGGACAGCCCGGCCCCCUUGAAAGGCUCGGUCGCGACCGGGAACCUGCUGGACCUGGAGGAGGCGGCCAAGAUCCCGCCGACCCCCGCCGUCACACACCCGCCCGACGCGGCGGACCAGCUGGCCGGGCCGGAGCUGCUGGGCGGCAACAACAACGUCGUCUGGGAGAUGGACGACGGGCUGGACGAGGCAUUUUCCAGGCUGGCGCAGGCCCGCACCAACCCCCAGCUCCUGGACACCGGGCUGACCCCCCAGGACAUCCAGAGCGCCCAGAACCUCUCUCCCGACGACUGGGACAAGCCGGACACCCCCGCCGGCGACCUGGACGACGCGUUCGGCUUCUGACGGGGGCCCGGGCCCGGCCGGAGACCAGAGCUUUAGAAACCGCCGCAUCCCGCCGCCUCUUCCUCCCCCGCUUCGUCCCGAGGACCCGGAGCCGCUCGGAGUGUAUUUAUUCGCGGUAGACUCGGCAGCGGGGCCUUGCGGAGGCGUGUUCAGUAUUAUCGACGGGUCUCCCCCCCCCC